UUCCACAUUCUCACCACUGCGCAUUGGAAAGAGCGUUAUGGCGACACAUUGCUCUGUUUGAGCAGUCCUGACAGGUGAGUUGAGCAUCCAUCCAUCCAUCGUCAACCGCUUAUCCAGCGCACAGGGUCGCGGGGGGGGGGAGCUGGAGCCAAUCCCAGCUGACAUCGGGCGCAAGGCGGGGUACACCCCGGACAGCUCGCCAGUGUGUGUUGACCAACGAAUGGUUAUUUAUUGGUCGUAAACCUAAUAUUUAUAUAUUGAUUAGUACCUACAUAAACGUAAUAAUGGUUUUGGUCAAUAUCAAAUCAAUUCUAAAUUGGACGUCAUGAUAAUAAGGUUCUUUGACGUCCUACAUUUAUUUAUUAUUUUUUAAAUCAGGUGUGACAUCGUGCUUUGAUCUUUGAAGAUAAAGGCAAAAAGUUAUUACACUGCAUUCAAAAUGUGACAUCACUUGGCACAUUUCUUCGGAUUGAGUAGGUUUUUUUAGUAAUCUAUUCAACAUUUAGUAUACAAGGUGAUAUCUUCACAUAUCUUGUUCUCAAAGCAGGUUUUUUUUUGGCACAAGUUACAACAAAAAAAAGAAAGUUAAGUAGAAUACUGAAUCAGAACUGGUGGAAACAUUUAACUUGUAGAAAUGGGAUCAACAUUAACAAAAGUAAUGUUAAGUCAUAAAGGCAAAAAUAAUGACCUUCUGUUUGAUGAAUCAAGAUCAAGACUGUAUAUUUUAAGGUUUCCCCUGCUGACUGAACCUACUAGUCAAAUUGUCCAGUACAAACAAUUUCAACAGGCCAAGAAGGACGUGGCCGUGAAGAUUAUGCAUAAUUACUUCCCCUGGUCUGGUAAAAGGAGGUUGGCCACGCUUAAAGAACUCAGUAAGCUUGACCCAGACAAGAACAACUUGGUCAGGUUUAAUCGGCAUUUUAAACAUUUACUAAACACUUGUCUGGAAUUUGAACUGCUCGACAUAAAUCUGUACGACUUCAUGAAACUACAGAACUUCAAGCCACUGUGUUUAUCUGAAAUCAGAGUAAUCACACAACAGCUCCUAGUGGCUCUGAAUGCUCUCAAGAGCAUUGGUCUGGCUCAUAAAAACAUCAAGCCACAAAAGGUAAUGCUUGUGAAUCGGUUGCAGUCAUUCAAGGUGAAACUGAUUGGUUUUGGUGCAGCAGGGCCAGUUUCCACAUUGAGGACGGACACCACCAAUCAAUGCAUUGCCUACAGGGCCCCAGAGGACUUGCUGGGCCUCCCAUCGAACGAGGCCAUCGAUAUGUGGGCACUAGGUUGCACUUUGGCCUUCCUGUACCUGGGACAGCACCUUUAUCCCACAGAGUCUGAAUAUGCUGUCAUGAGAGCCAUCGUGCAGAUGCAGGGUCUGCCUGAUGAACACAUGCUGAAAGACGGAAGGACCAGUACAUUUUUCACCUGUGAAAAGAAUUUAUGGAGGCUGAAUGAUAAAUAUGAAUAUUACCUCAGAACAGGCCACUGGGUCUUUCCCUCUGAGGGGAUUUUCAACAAGUUUACCAGUCUGGAUGACAUGGCGAAGACCCACUCAGAAGUGAAGAAUGGUGCUGAAUAUAAAGACACACAGGCCUUUUUAAGCCUCAUCAAACAGAUGCUGCAAGUGGAUCCUGAAAAAAGAAUCACCCCCAGCGAAGCUUUAGGGCACAAUUUUGUCACAAUGAAACACUUUCACACUAACAAAGACCCUUAUGUGACAUCUGCCUGUUUGGCCAUGGAAGACUGCCGGCAGGAGCAUUCAUUGGUUGAAUGCAAACCCUUAGGAAUAUUCGCUAGAGUAUGGAAUCGUCCUCCUAUUGAAAAAAAUUACAUUCUGCUUGAUAAAUCAAGACUGUAUAUUGUAAGGGCGCCCCUGGUGAAAGGAGUUACUGGACAUGUGGUCCGGUGCAAACUAUUUCAGCAGGCCAAGGACGUGGCCGUGAAGAUCAUUCUUAAUUACUUCCCCUGGUCUGGUAAAAGGAGGUUGGCCACACUUAAAGAACUCAGUAAGCUUGACCCAGACAAGAGCAACUUGGUCAGGUUUAAUCGGCAUUUUAAACAUUUACUAAACUCUUGUCUGGAAUUUGAACUGCUCGACAUAAAUCUGUACGACUUCAUGAAACUACAGAACUUCAAGCCACUGUGUUUAUCUGAAAUCAGAGUAAUCACACAACAGCUCCUAGUGGCUCUGAAUGCUCUCAAGAGCAUCGGUCUGGCUCAUAAAAACAUCAAGCCACAAAAGGUAAUGCUUGUGAAUCGGUUGCAGUCAUUCAAGGUGAAACUGAUUGGUUUUGGUGCAGCAGGGCCAGUUUCCACAUUGAGGACGGACACCACCGAUCAAUGCAUUGCCUACAGGGCCCCAGAGGACUUGCUGGGCCUCCCAAUGAACGAGGCCAUCGAUAUGUGGGCACUAGGUUGCACUUUGGCCUUCCUGUACCUGGGACAGCACCUUUAUCCCACAGAGUCUGAAUAUGCGGUCAUGAGAGCCAUCAUGCAGAUGCAGGGUCUGCCUGAUGAACACAUGCUGAAAGACGGAAGAAGGACCCUCGUAUUUUUUACCAGUGAAAAUUAUUUAUGGAGGCUGAAUCAUCCACUUGAAUACAACCUCAAAACAUUGCGGCUACCCUAUUUGUCUGAUGGGAUUUUCAACAAGUUUACCAGUCUGGAUGACAUGGCGAAGACCCACUCAGAAGUGAAGAAUGGUGCUGAAUAUAAAGACACACAGGCCUUUUUAAGCCUCAUCAAACAAAUGCUGCAAGUGGAUCCUGAAAAAAGAAUCACCCCCAGCGAAGCUUUAGGGCACAAUUUUGUCACAAUGAAACACUUUCACACUAACAAAGACCCUUAUGUGACAUCUGCCUAUUUGGCCAUGGAAGACUGCCGGCAGGAGCAUUCAUUGGUUGAAUGCAAACCCUUUGAAACAUCAGGAAAAGUGAUAGGUUGGAAUGGUUCGUCCAUUACUAAAUCGGAUGAUAUGAAUGAACCACCAGCCACAGCUGACAUUGUCACUGCUGAAAAUGAAAACAAUGGACUACCAGACAAAGUAGCCAGUGCUGGCUUUAAUGACCCCAACUCUGCUGGGACAGAUGAGAAACCACAUGACACAGAUAAGGCAGCUUCACCUGCUUCUGUUAGUCAUAAUUCACUUCAGGGCAACACUAACAAUAAUAAAGGAAACACACACUUUGUUGAAGUCAAAUGCCAGAAGAAGUGGCUGAAGAAGAUCAAGCGAUUCUUCUACAGGAUGAUUAAGCCAUAAGUUGCUACACAGCACAUUUGAUUGAAGACAUGUCAUUGGAGUUCUCCCUCUUUUAAUGGGAAGCAUGGCGGCCCAGUGGACAGCACCGCGGCCUCACAGCAGAAGGUUCUGGGUUUAGACCUCACUCAGCCCAGGCCUUUCUGUACAGAAUUCGCAAAUUCCUCGACCCCUUCAUCCCUCACCCCUCGACCCCUUUUCAUCCCUCUCCCCAAGACCCCUUUUUAACCCUCCCCUCUCGACCCCUCCUUCCAUAACUAUUCAUCUAAAUAAACCACUAUAAAAUCUAA